AUGCAAAGCGUAUCCUCGGUCGCACGCAUCGCAAGGGCAGCUCCGGUCCCAAAUCCUUCCGGCUCAGCAGCGCACGUUCGUCGCCGUCCUUUCCGACCGAGGAUGGCCUUGGAUACAUCAACAAUGUCUCUCGGUUCAAGCGAUGAGGAUUUCGUGAAGCUAUCGGCAAUAGCCUCGUCCCAACCGGUGCCUCGCUUGCGGUUGCGCUUAGCAAAGAAUCGCCUAUCGACGUGUGCAUGGCUGGUAGGCCUCCAAGCAGGUGAACACAGUCAGCAAUUAGGCUCAUUUUGGUUUUAUUAUUCAACCGUAUUGCACGAUAAGCAUGCCGUUUGA